AGCAUUUUCUCUGCAUGCAACCGUAUAUCAUAUCAUGUAUUUUUAACCAAUAUUUUAUAUAUAUAGUUUACAUUGGUUUUACUUUUCAUUUUCAGUCUAUCUUCACGAUUGUAGUUAUAGACAGAAGGAGUGAGAGUGAAAAUGUACAAGACACAGCUGCAACAGCUGUGCCAACAGAGAAGAUGGAGUUUGCCAAAAUAUUCCGCCAUGAAUGAUGGUCCUCAACACAAGCCAAGCUAUAAGGCUUCUGUUCUUGUCAACGAUGCCACUUUUACUUCUUCUGAUACUUUCAGUUCAUCAAAAGAAGCUCAAAACCAAGCUGCAAUGAGAGCUUUUCUCAACUUAUCUUCUCCUUCAUCUGCCUCUUCAACACCAACGGAGGAAGUUGGAGCUGCCAAACCUCAAGAGACUCCGGUUAUAAAAAGUAAUGAACUCAUUCUUUCAGAGACGGAUCGUUUGUGCAAACAUCAGUUGCAAAACUAUGCUCGAAAGAACAAUCUCGAUCAACCUGUUUUUACAAUUAUAACUGUUGGGCCACCUCAUGACUUUCGCUACAAGGCUACUGUUGUUAUUGGUGGGAAAUCGUUCGACAGCCCAACAUUUUUCAACACUAUUAAAGAGGCAGAACAGGCUGCUGCAAAAGUUGCUUUGAAGGAAUUGCCAAUUUCCACUUACUUGUUUAAGAAGGAUGAUUCUUGUACAGCCAAGAAUUUACUGCUCGAAUUAACACAGAGAGAAGGUUUUUCGAAACCAAUAUAUAAAACUACCGAGUUUCGUUCUUCUAAUAUGCCAAAUUUUUUCUCAACUGUGGAAGUAGAGGGUGUUGAGUUUCAUGGAAAGGCAUCUCGAUCCAAAAAACAGGCCGAACAUGAUGCUGCAAAGAUUGCUUACAUUGCCUUACAAGAGUGUGGACUUCAUAUGGAUGCUUCUUUUUCUUCCCAUACCAAAGAAAACCCGGCAAUAGAAUCAACUCGUAAAUCAGACAUUUUUAAAUCCAAGCAGAUUCUCAACUUUGAUGAUGAACUUUUGGAUCAGGAGAUGUUAGACACUGAUAUCAAAGUUAAGAAUGCACAGAAUGGAUCUUUUCCACUGCCUCCUAACAAAAAAAUAAAGAUAGGAAACAUGUGUUGUUCAUCUUCACACAAUAAAGAUAGGUUCAAGGUGUACACAAGGUUUCCCAAUAUUAUAUUUCCCAAGGGGAUUACACUCGUGCCUAUUGGUAACGAUAAAUGGAUUGCAGCGAGCUUGGAAUGUCAAAAUGACAAAGACUUUUGA